UUUGUAUAAUAUUUACUUUCCGAUCAGUUCCGCUUGGGCUCACUGGUUACUUGCUUUUGAGUUCCUGGUGACAUUCAAAAGUUUUGUUUUAUUUUUUCCCAAUUCUAUAGCAUUUUCCCGCUUUUGGGAGCUGUUCCGAAAAUCAGGAUUAAUAUGUCAUAGUUCGAGGACUUGGAAAGCUUAGAUUUGAUACCGUGCACUCGGGAGUGAAAGCUGCAAAACUUUAAAACGGAUCCAGGCCGCACACGGUGCAAAUUGAGUGGUGUGUGGUUCUAGUGAAAGACGCGGUUUUUGAUGCUUUGAAAGAUAAAAACUCACUGCCGACAGGAUAUCCUGCACGAGGUUCCCUCCAACAUCGCUUGAUUAUGCCCCAUUUUCAUGUGCCAAAAUACAAAGUCGACGUCUCAUCCGUAGCUGAUUUUCUUGACGAACACAAGAGUGGCCAGGCGUUUUCAUAUCCAUUGAAGGAUAAGCAUGAUGAGCGGCACGUUCAACCGAGGACAGGCACAAUGUCUCCCUUAUCGUCUGUGACUUUCUUCACACUUAUGCUGGCACUUCAUGUUUUACAA